GCUCUUCGCCCGCCAUUCUCUCGACGCCAUCUUUAGCAUAUGAUCAUUGUUGUGACCCUCGUCUUAAAUUUCAUAUAAAUAUAUUUAUAAUUGUACUUUUUCUAUAAAAAGUGAAACAUGGCUCGUACCAAGCAGACCGCUCGUAAAUCCACAGGAGGUAAAGCACCUCGCAAACAAUUGGCUACUAAAGCCGCGCGAAAAUCGGCGCCCAGCACUGGUGGUGUUAAGAAACCUCACCGUUAUCGCCCGGGUACAGUGGCCCUCCGAGAAAUUCGUCGUUACCAGAAAUCCACUGAAUUGCUCAUCCGUAAACUGCCGUUCCAGCGUCUCGUAAGAGAAAUUGCUCAAGAUUUUAAGACUGAUCUUCGUUUCCAGUCCGCCGCCAUUGGAGCUUUGCAGGAAGCGAGUGAGGCAUACUUGGUGGGUUUGUUUGAAGACACCAACUUGUGCGCCAUCCACGCCAAGCGUGUCACCAUCAUGCCCAAGGAUAUUCAACUGGCGCGACGAAUCCGCGGAGAACGCGCUUAAACUUUUAUUAUAAUGUACCUUAUAAAUUAUUUGUAAUUCAAUUAGAUAUAAAUUCUAACAUUGUUUAACAUUUCACAUUUAAUUCAUUUAAGUCUCAUCAUUAUCGUAAGGAGGAAGAACUGAUUUUUUAUAAUUAUGUUCUUAUUUAUAAGUUUUUUGCAUUGGAUGUUCGUGUGGCAUAACUAUCCAUUAUGCAGAUGUCGACAUUAAAGCAGUAUAAUUCUUAGUGACUUUUGGUAUUUCUAAGUAGUAUAAUAAUAGACAAUAUUGGACACAAGUAUGUGACCAUUAUGUACUUGCUUAAUUGCACUAAUGUAAACUUAUAAUGAGAAAUUGGUGUUAAUAAAUUUAAUUAGGACUUA